AUGCUUUUUGCACACGUACAUGCUGACAAUGCAGCAGUCCUGCAAAAAAAUCGUAGACACCGACCGCCGGUGCGUUAUUUACGUUUUUUUCUCUUCUCACAGUAUCAAACGUGCCUAAACAUGAGCGGACCUUUUUCAUGGUUUAACGAGCCUGCUUCGCAGAAAGCAGCUCCCAUCGAAAAAACCAAUGAUGGGUACAAGAUCAAAUUGGUACAAGCUACCAGCCUACCCCAAACUGAUUUUUGGCGCAAACCCCCACAAACUCAUCGUGACUCGGGGCACUUCUACUAUACCACUAUGGAAGGAGACUUUCGUCUCUCGUGCACGUUUCAUGGUAAAUGGAUCACCCAGUACGACCAAGCUGGGCUGAUGUGCAGAAUCAAUGAUCGGAAAUGGAUUAAGACUGGGAUUGAAUUGGAUGAAGACACCAUUUUUGCAAGCUGCGUUGUGACCGACCCUUACUCCGACUGGUCGGUGGCCAAGGUAGAUCUAACAGCAGAACAAGAUCAUGUCUACAUGGUGAUGGAGAGGAAAGCGGGUGACAUCGUUAUUCGAUAUGCUUUGGUCGGCGAAGGAGACUCAACGAAGGAAGUGGCCACGUUGCCUCUUCGGACUGUAAAUGGGCAUACCGGCCAAUCUGACAAAAUUGAGAUAGGCGUCAUGCUCUGUUCCCCUAAAAGUGAAACUGGAGUACAAGUCGAUUUCCAUGACAUUUGUAUUCAACAAUUGUAACUCUGCUUUCUCUGAUGCUUUUUUUUUUUUUUACAUCGUUUGAACCUGAGUCAUUCCCUUUGGACUGUUUGUUGAUGCGGAGCCCACCUGUAUACUUUCCUUUUAAGCACUAGUUGGUUAACGUAGAAAAGGACGCAUUGAUCGGCUCUAGCCGCGCUAGAGCAGCAGUGCACUGGCGAUACUAUACCAUAAACAAGCGUCAAUGAAACAUAAUCUCGCGAAUAGACUCUUCUACGCUAUAUUGCAUUUCUUCUGUAAUGGAUCUGGCUGGCAUUGUAUGGGGUU